CUAAAUGCACCGGCAUUUAUUCCCAUGUACACUCCAUGAAGACUAUUAGGUAAUAGAAACUGAAAAAACACCGCCUUAUUUCGAUAGCGACCGAAUCAGAGUCUGCUUUUCGCUUUGUUACGAACUCUUAAACGACAUGGUCGAUUCUCCAGGUUUGUGGACAUGAAAGAAAAGAAUACUUCCUCUGUGCUUCGGCGCAUUUUAGCGAAUUGUGCAUCUCAGGCUAAAGAAUAUGGAGGUUGUAUUGCUGCAAAAGUUCCAGAAAUUGAGCGUGAUAUGUGUUUGAAAGAAUUUAUUAAACUCAAGAAUUGCAUGCAAAAUACGCUCCGAGGAAAGGCCUAAGUGUAUACAUCUCUUCUGUCAAUAUUUGGAGGAAUAUACUUUAUAAAAGAAGCAUCAACUUCAGCACACUUGAUGUACUCUGCCACAUCUUGUUGGUAACAUUGCAAACAGAUAAACAGGAGAUAUGUUUGGAAAAGCAUCAAGUUCUCAACCCAGUAUUGGUUUAAGUGGUUCUGGUGCCCUAUCACAUGUUUAUAUACAAUAUCCACCUCUACGUUGCAGCACACCUGAAACAAGGAGCUUACAUUAUGAUGAUGGAAAUAAGUUACUCAUAUCAUCAACUUCUGAUCAGAUAUUUUCAUGGAAAACUGUUCCCUUCAGUCCUCUUGUUAGCCCUACAUCUGAUUCAAUUGGUGAGGGGCCAAUUUUAUGCAUUCGAUUUUCUCUAGAUGCAAAACUCAUAGCGGUACAACGGUCCAGCACUGAGGUACAGAUUUGGAACCGUGAAACAAAGGAAACUUAUAACUAUGGGUGCAAGCCAGAGUCAGAGAGUAUACUGGGUUUCUUUUGGACGGACUGUUCUCUGUGUGAUAUUGUAAUUGUAAAGAACAGUGGACUGGACUUGAUGACUUACAAUUCUGUCUCAAAAUCACUUGACUUGGUGGAGACAAGGAAAGUGAAUAUCUGCUGGUAUGUUUACACACAUGAGAGUAGAUUGGUUCUUCUUGCUUCAGGAAUGCAGUGCAGAACAUUCACUGGAUUUCAGCUUUCAUCUGCUGGAGUGAUUCGCCUGCCAAAGUUUGAAAUGUCAAUGGCUAGGCCUGAGACCAACAGUAAGCCUGUCCUAGCUGCUGAAGACAUCCAUAUUGUCACUGUCUAUGGUAGGAUAUACUGCUUGCAAGUUGAUAGAGUUGCAAUGCUACUCCACUCAUAUAGAUUUUACCGCGAUGCUGUUGUACAACAGGGAUCUCUUCCAAUUUAUUCUACCAAGAUUGCCAUCAGUGUGGUUGAUAACGUACUACUUGUUCACCAAGUGGAUGCAAAGGUUGUUAUACUGUAUGACAUAUUUGCAGAUUCUAGAGCUCCCAUAUCUGCCCCACUUCCACUAUUAUUGAGGGGUUUACCAAGAACCUAUUCCUCUUCCUCUCAAUCUGCCAGCAGAGAUAGUGAAAGUUUAGAGGCUAAUAAUAGUAUUGAUAAUGAAGCUAGUAUUUAUGGAGAUUACUGGACUUUUCUUGUUCCUGACCUCAUUUGUGAUGUUUCUAACAAGCUUUUGUGGAAGAUCCAAUUAGAUUUGGAGGCAAUAUCUGCCAGUAGCUCAGAAGUGCCAUCAGUAUUGGAAUUCUUGCAACGGCGAAAGCUGGUAGCUAGUAAGGCUAAACAAUUAUGCUUGGGGAUAGCACGGACUGUUAUUUUAGAAAGCAGACCUGUGUCUAUGGUUGCCAAGGCCAUAGAUGUAUUAGUUACCUCUUAUUCCUACUCAAUCAAAACUGGCAGUUAUUAUAAGGUAACAAAGGCAGAGAGGACUUCUUCUUCAGAUGAGCCGAAUACUGAUAGCCUUAGAUCUGGCACCCAUGUAUCAACCAUUAGAUCAGAUGGAAAAUUCAUCAGACAUCAGUCAACUGGUGGAGUUGAUAGUGAAUCUCUCAAUAGAAUGUCAACUUUUUUGGGUUCAGAUUCGUAUUCAGAGGAGAAUGUCAGCUUUGAAGCCCUGAAUACAGACUUUACUAAUCGGCAACUUGGUGGUGGUAAAGUUAAUUUAGCAGUUGCUGGAAGUUCUAGUGCUGAAGUUCAGUCAUUAUCUUUUCAUCAUCAACUUUCUGGGCCAAGUGACAACAUUUCUGAGCAGCAGGAUUCUCAACUUACUUCACCAGCAAUUUCACCUGAUGAGAUGUACAGAUUUGUGUUUGCUCCUGUUGAGGAAGAGAUGUUGGGUGACCCUUCUUACUUAGUUUCUAUCAUCGUUGAGUUCCUUCGCAGUGCCAAUGCAGGGAAGAUCAAAGUACCUCCAAAUCUGUAUGUGUUGACCAUACAACUGCUGGCUCGCAAUGAGCGAUAUGCCGAGCUAGGAUUGUUUAUCAUAAAUAAGAUUCUUGAACCUUCUAAGGAAGUUGCAUUGCAGCUCCUCGAGUCAGGUCGGCAGAAUCGCGAAACCAGGAAGCUUGGUCUAGAUAUGCUGAGGCAGCUCUCUCUACAUCAUGACUAUGUGGUGUUACUAGUGCAAGAUGGAUACUAUAAUGAAGCUUUACGCUAUGCUCGGAAGCAUAAGGUCACUACUGUCCGGCCCUCAUUGUUUCUUGUGGCAGCUUUGUCAUCGAACAAUUCGCAACAUCUGGCUGCGGUUCUGAGGUUCUUUUCUGAUUUUAUUCCUGACUUUAAAAAUUCUCUUGAUUUCAGUACAUAUCUGCACGUUUUGAAUAACAGGAACUCUUCUAUUGCUGCUUGAGGUUAUGUUUCGAAUAUUUCUCAAGGAAUUGAAAGGCUUCACUUUGUCGGGUACUUAAGAAAAUUUUGUUAAGAAAUUAUGACUAUGGAUUCUCUCACAUGUUUAUGUACUACUUUUUUUGUUGAAUGAAAUGAAUUCUCUGUAUUGCUGCCUGAA